AUGAGAUCUUUUGCCCGCCCGUGUGCGCUUGCAUGCUUGCUCCCAUGGGCCGUCAGAAGUUGCAGCCCUGUGGAAGGGUGGGUGCGCACGCGGCCGGAAGACCAGUGGUCCGCAGCUUCGUAUGUGGUGUAUGGGGCCGCCGAUGCAGUGAUGGGCUGCGGUUUAGGCUUCGGGCAGCACGACCCCGAAGACGAAGCGCUCUUCAACGCAUCGGGCCUUUGUGAGGGACAGGAGUACACCUCUUUGGUCCUCCUCCGCAACUUCAGUUUCACGAAGGGCGAGGUCGCGAAUUGCAGUGAGAUCGUGGUGGGUGGCUUUAGCUCUUCUCCUGCCUGCGGGGUGGACCCCCCCAAUGCCGGGUCAAUGGGGACCUACUUCCUUUGCACUGCCAUGGUGCAGUCAGGACUGUGCAAAGGGACGCUCAACACCCAGGGCAACAUCCACCUGGGCUUCGUAUCCCAGGCCGUUACAGCGCCCACAGACCCACGAUGCCCGCAGGACGGAACCUGCUACGAUGUAGGGGAGUGCACGCCCUUGACGCUCUCGAAGAGCCACUGGAUGACAGGUGUGCUGGGCACGGCGACUGCCCUGCUGUGGCAGCUUCUGUAG